GCCAUAUUGGUUUAUAUACUAAACUGGAAAAGGUUGAGUGGUACCUUUAUGCAAGGACGUUUAAAACUUUGAAGAAGAAAUGCAUUACAUAAAAUAAUGGCAACAAGACAAUCGAGAAGCUCGUAUGGGCGGGCAUUUUCUGCCGGUCCCAGUCAGAUAUUGACACCAACACCAUCUGACUCCGAAAAGAGGUACCCAGAAAUCAAACAACGAGGAUUUUAUUCGGACAUUAUUGGGACUGAUGCAGCCACUGCUGUUUCUGAGGAAGCGGCCAGUGGGCCUGAUACCAUUCAAGACACUCUGUGGAUCGUUGCCAAAGAAAAGCACACCCCAAGAGUGACAUCCUUCACUGUGCAUGAUGACUUUGAAGCAGCUCUGGAAGCACAGAAUUAUGGACCAAGCACGAAAAUCCGAGCCAUCACCGAUUUUCCACACAAAGCAUCCGAGCCAAAGGUACAGCUACCAUUUUAUACAAUACCUGGAGAAUGUCCCAGAAAGAUUGAAAUUGAAAGGCGACGGCGUCACUUUGCCAGUCUCAGUCUCCAGCAGUUACUCAAGGACCGCAACAUCCACACAGAGCUGUUGAUGCCCAAACAGCAGCCAGCUGACUUCGAGGUCAACCUGAAUAAUGACCCCGACAAUCCCGCCCCGUUUCCUCCCUACCUGCCUCUGGCUAUCUUCGACAAUGAGGAGUAUGACUGCCGCACUGCCGAAGAGUGGAUCUCGCUAGGGUUAGAGGACGGAGUCCGCAAACCAGUGCCGGGCAUUGCCCUGCUCCCCAGCAAUGAUGACGAUGCAUACAAGGACCCUACUGACAUGAGCAUUAUCUAUGACUGGUUCAAUGUUGGGGUGUUGGACUACGAUUUUACAAAGAAGCUCUUCUUGGUUCACAAAACAGUGGAUGGGCGUGUCAUCGACCAGGAUGGAAACCCUAUUAUCAACGGAGGAAUUGAGGAUGAUGGAACACGAUUCAUGUUACCCAAUCAGUUUUGGAUUCCGCGUGUUCGUCUCAUGUUUCUGGGUGAGGAUCCACAGAUCUUCGUGCAGCGAGUGGAAGAAGCAUUUGAGGCGCGGAAGAAGUGCGAGUCUGAACUGCGCUACCACCUGUACAUCGACUGCAUGCCGAUGGACGGUGUCGGGGAGCUCGACCAGGCUUCACUGAAGAGGAUGAUUGACUGGGCCAAGAGUGCCCCAGGACUGUCCAAGGAUCAGCAUGUUGAGGACUAUGUGCAGGUUCUGGAGAAAGAAGUAAACAUAGACUUCUGUCGCUCGAUGAACCGAAUCAUCUUUGAGAAAACCGUCGACGGGGAUCCACUGACCUUCGCUUUCGUCACGGUUCCAGAAUUAAUGAAGAUGCUCGUCCCAGAAAGAGGUUGCAGCAUUGACGUUCCUGUGUACCCGUUUGACGAGCAGUACGACCACUUCGCAUUCAACUCGCUGCUCACUCGUGAAGAGAGCAUCGAUGCCAUGGGCAAAGUGAGGACGGAGUGUAACAAGGUGGCCGGCAUGUCUCUAUUCCACAUCCCGACCGCUAAACCCAUGAGACUGGAGGAGUUUGAACAGACCCAGUCACAGGCUUCAUCACAGGUGUCUCUGUUUCUGAAGGACAGCUGGAUCACCACCCUGCGAGCCAGUAUCCGGACAUCGUUACGAGAUGUCGGCAAGGGCUGGUUCAACAUACACGAGACAAACUGGGAGGUCUACCAGAUCUCAAAACUGAAGAAGUUCAUGGAAAUGGUCAAGUUUAUCAUGCAGGACUCUCUGCGCUACCUGGUGCAGGACUCGCUCGUUAACUUCACACAGAUGGUGAUGGAUGGCUGCCACUCCACCCUCCAGCUCUCAGACGACUUCACCUGGGGCAAGGACGUCAUGUCAAGCACAUUCAGACCGAAGAAGAACGCUCUGUUUCUUGUUGACCUGGUGAUGGACCCACAUGGAGUCCACUACAGCACCAACCUGGUCUCCUUCGAAACAGUCCUUGUCUCACUGUUUGACCGGGGAAUACAGGCCACACAGAAUGUUCCACAGCUUGAAAAGUACAUCCUUGAAGACAUCUUCUGGUCGGGCACACCGCUGCUGGAGUCUGUGGGAGAACGGGAGCCUCCCGUGGAGGACCUGCGACAGACUGUGAGCGGCUCCGUCAAGAAGGCACUCAUCCCAAUGAAGGCGUACGCGCGGGAGUAUGAACCCUACCUCGAGCUGAUCAACAUGGACAUCAACCAUUACAUCAAGAGUUACGAGGCGGCGGGCCAUUCUGCGCCGGAGAUGAAGGCCGAGGUGGAGAUGCACCUCCAGAUGAAGGAGGUGAUCGAAAACACGAUUCCGACAAACAUCAUCAUCGGCCCGUUCUGGGUGAACACGGAGAACGUGCGGCAGGCGCUCGCCAAGAAAAGGAAGACGCUGAGCAACGCCGUUCUCGAACUGCUGGCCAGGCAGCUCCGCAGGCAGGCCGACGAGGCGUGUGAGGAGUUCAAGUCGUUCAGCCGCAAGCUGUAUGAGAAGCCCAAUUGUGUGGAGGAGCUCUUUGAAAUGAGGGAGUGGAUGAAGGGGAUCCCCGAGAAACUCAAAGAACACCAGGAAAACAUUGACAAGGCUAUGGCAGACUACGAACUGAUUGAAGAGUUCUACUACAGUCUGCCCACGGAUGACUUCAACGCAAAAUGGACAGCCAUCGGUUGGCCACACAAGAUUGAGCAUCAAAUGGAACAGACGUACGCCCAGCUGGACGAAGACGAGGAGAGAUUCCGCAAACUGCAACAGUCAGACCAGACCAACUUUGAGGACCGGCUUGAUACCUUGCAGAUGGUGGUGGCAGGAAUGGCGGCUCACGGAGAGAAACAGAAGGCUCACGAGAUCGCCAAUGAGGUGCGGCGCGUUAACAAACAGCUCAAGGAAGCCCAGCAUCUCGCUCAGACCUACAACAACCGCGAACGACUGUUCGGCCAGCCCGUCACAAACUAUGACAAGCUGACGAAGCUGGUGAAGGACUUUGAGCCGUUCCGCAACCUGUGGAUUACGGUGUCCGACUGGCUGCGGUGGAACGAGAGCUGGAUGAACGACCCGCUGACCACUAUCAACGCCGAGGACGUCGAGAAGAACGUCAAUGAGGCCUACAAGACGAUGCACAAGUCCGUGAAGAUCUUCCAUGAUAUACCGAGUGUUCAGCAAGUUGCUUUGGAAAUCAAAAAUGAGAUUGAAGAAUUCCGUCCUAAGAUACCUUUGAUUCAAGGUCUGCGUAACCCAGGCAUGAGACACAGACAUUGGGAUCUGCUGUCCGAGGAGCUGGGAUUCCCGCUGCAGCUGAAGGCCAACCUGACGUUCUCCAAGUGUCUCGAGAUGAACCUGCAGGACCACAUCACAACCAUCUCCAAGGUGGCCGAGGUCGCCGGCAAGGAGUACUCCAUAGAACAGGCUCUUGACAAGAUGGAGAAGGAGUGGGAGCCGGUGCUGUUUGAGAUCAUGCCGUACAAGGAGACGGGCACCUUCAUCCUGAAGAGUUCCGAGGACACGUCGCAGCUGCUGGACGACCACAUCGUCAUGACUCAGAGUAUGUCGUUCUCGCCCUACAAGAAACCCUUCGAGGACCGCAUCAACAACUGGGAGGACAAACUCAGAACGACACAGGACGUGCUGGACGAAUGGCUGCAGUGUCAGCGCUCGUGGCUCUACCUGGAGCCGAUUUUCAGCUCGGAGGACAUCAACAGACAGCUGCCUGUGGAGAGCAAACGAUACCAGACCAUGGAGCGCAUGUGGCGCAAGAUCAUGAAACAUGCCAAGGAAAACCCACAGGUUAUCUCGCUGUGUCCAGACAACCGCCUGCUGGACAACCUGCGUGAGUCCAACAAGCUGCUCGACCAGGUGCAGAAAGGUCUGAGCGAGUACCUGGAGACGAAGCGCACCGCCUUCCCCAGGUUCUACUUCCUGUCCGACGACGAGCUGCUCGAGAUCCUCUCACAGACAAAAGACCCGACCGCGGUCCAGCCCCAUCUCAGAAAGUGUUUUGAAAACAUCGCCAAGCUGCGGUUUGAGGAUGACUUGAAGAUCACGAGGAUGUACUCGGGAGAAGGGGAGGAGGUGGCGUUCCGUGAGUCGCUCUAUCCAAACGGGAACGUGGAGGACUGGAUGUUGGAGAUCGAGAAGACGAUGAAGGAGAGUCUCAGAAUGAUCAUCAAGGACUCGCUGCAGGACUACAAAACACGCCCUCGUACCGAGUGGGUGCUGUACUGGCCUGGUCAGGUGGUGAUCGCUGCAUGUCAGACGUACUGGAGCCUGGAGGUGACGGAUGCCCUGGAGCAGAAUGGGAUCGAGGCAUGCUACAAGAUCCUGCUGUCCCAGCUGGAUGACCUGCGAGACCUGGUGCGGCAGGACAUCAGUAAGAUUGGCCGCAUGACGCUGUCCGCCCUCAUCGUGGUGGAGGUGCACGCGCGUGAUGUUGUCGCCAAGAUGGUAGAGGAGGACAUCCACAAUGCCAACGCCUUCGAGUGGAUCAGCCAGCUCAGAUAUUACUGGAUGGAAGAUGAAAAUCUCUACAUUCGAGCGGUCAAUGCCCAGUUCCCGUACGGAUAUGAGUAUCUGGGAAACACUGGCCGGCUGGUUAUCACCCCUCUCACAGACAGGUGUUACCUCACACUGACUGGCGCUCUACAUCUCAAGUUUGGUGGUGCCCCUGCGGGACCGGCUGGAACGGGAAAGACAGAAACAACAAAAGAUCUUGCAAAGGCGUUUGCCAUCCAGUGCGUUGUGUUCAACUGCUCUGACCAGCUGGAUUUCAUGGCCAUGGGGAAAUUCUUCAAGGGUCUUGCCAGUUCUGGCGCGUGGGCAUGUUUCGAUGAGUUUAACCGCAUCGACGUCGAGGUGUUGUCUGUUGUGGCGCAGCAGAUCGCCACCAUACAAAAAGCCCAGCAGCAGAGGGUGGAUCGGUUCAUCUUUGAAGGAGUUGAGUUGGUCUUGAAGGCUUCUUGUGCCGUCUUCAUCACCAUGAACCCAGGAUAUGCAGGCAGAACUGAACUGCCAGACAACCUCAAAGCCCUGUUCCGUCCUGUGGCCAUGAUGGUUCCAGAUUAUGCCCUGAUUGCCGAGAUCAGUCUCUUUUCCUUUGGCUUCUCAGAGGCAAGAAACCUGUCAAAGAAGAUUGUCACAACAUUCAAACUGUCUUCAGAACAGCUUAGCUCCCAGGACCAUUAUGACUUUGGUAUGCGAGCUGUGAAAAGUGUCAUCUCGGCCGCGGGAAACCUCAAGCGACAGUAUCCAGACAUGAACGAGGAGCUGAUUGCGCUGCGUGCGAUCCGAGAUGUGAACGUACCCAAGUUCUUGGUGGACGAUCUCAAACUCUUCAGUGGCAUUGUGUCCGAUCUGUUCCCCAACAUCAAGGAGGAACCCAUUGACUAUGGCGCACUUGAAACAUCCCUCAACAAGAGCUGUCUUAAGGCUGGACUCAAAGAUGUUGACGGUUUCAUCAAGAAGUGUAUCCAACUGUAUGAGACGACGGUUGUUCGACAUGGUCUUAUGUUGGUCGGGCCAACGGCUUCAGGGAAAACUAAGUGUUACGAGAUCCUUCAGAAAGCGAUGUCCUCACUGAAGGGCCAGCCGUCUCCAGCAGGUAUAGACUUUGAAACUGUGUUGACCUUCAUCCUGAACCCAAAGUCUAUCACCAUGGGCCAGCUGUACGGAGAGUUUGACGUACUCACACAUGAAUGGACGGAUGGUAUUUUGUCGUCUCUGAUCCGCGGCGGUGCGUCAGCGGCUGACACUGACUACCGGUGGUUUAUCUUUGACGGGCCGGUUGACGCGGUGUGGAUUGAAAACAUGAACACUGUGCUGGAUGACAACAAGAAACUCUGUCUGAGCAGUGGAGAAAUCAUCAAACUGUCUGACGGGAUGACAAUGAUGUUUGAGGUAGCAGAUCUAGCCGUGGCAUCCCCAGCAACUGUCAGCCGUUGUGGUAUGGUGUACCUGGAGCCCAGCUACAUUGGUCUCGAGCCAUUCGUCGAGUGCUGGCUGAAAAAACUCCCCAACAACAUUUACCCACACCGGGACAAACUGCAGACCCUCUUUGAUCAGUUCAUGCAGCCAGCUCUGAAGUUUCUGCGUUUGCAGAUGAAGGAGAUCGUCUCCACGGUGGACGGGAAUCUCGUGUUCAGCGUCCUCAAACUGCUCGACUGCUUCUUCUCACCUUUCAUUCCUAAAGAGGCUCGACGACGCAAAGUGGGAGACAAGCCAAUUCCGGAGCACCGCCUGAAGCGAGUUGAAGAACUCAUCGAGCCGUGGUUCAUCUUCUCCGUGGUGUGGAGCAUCGGAGCCACGUGCGACAACGACUCGCGCAGCAAGUUCUCCGACUGGCUCAGAGAGAACAUGAAGAAACACGAGUGCCACCUGAUGUUCCCUGAUGAUGGUCUAGUGUAUGACUAUGUCUUGGAUGAUGUUGGAAUCAGCAGCCCGGAGAUGGAUGAAGAAGAAGAAGAUAGCACCAAGAAUAAGGAGGUUCAGUGGCGCAGUUGGAUGUACAACCAGCCAGAGUUCUCCAUCAGUCCAGAUAUCCGCUACUCGGACAUCAUUGUGCCCACCAUGGACACCAUCCGCAGCGCUCACAUCCUCGAGAUGCUCGUCACCAAUAACAAAACAGUGUUGAGUAUCGGACCCACUGGAACAGGCAAGACACUGACAAUUGCCGAUAAGCUUUCUCGUAACCUGCCAAAAGAAUACAUUCCAGACUUCAUAGUCUUCUCAGCGAAAACCAGCGCUAACCAGACCCAAGAUCUGAUUGACGGCAAGUUAGACAAGAGACGUAAAGGUGUGUUUGGUCCGCCGCUGGGUAAAUACUUCAUCUUCUUCAUUGACGACCUGAACAUGCCUGCACUCGAGGUGUACGGAGCACAGCCCCCGAUCGAGCUGCUGCGCCAGUGGAUGGACUUCGAUGGCUGGUACGACCGCAAGGCCAUUGGCGAGUUCCGCCACCUCGUGGACGUGAACUUUGUGUGUGCGAUGGGCCCACCAGGUGGCGGCCGGAACCCCGUGACAUCCAGGAUCCUCCGACACUUCAACUUCCUCGCGUUCACCGAGAUGGAGGACUCGAGCAAACGGAAGAUCUUCGGAGUCAUCCUCAAGUCAUGGACAGACCAGGCGUCUGGCUUGCGGGAGUACACUGAUCAGAUGGUAAACACAUGUAUCUCGAUGUACAACAAGAUCACUAAUGAGCUGCUACCGACACCAGCCAAGAGUCACUACACGUUUAACCUGAGAGAUCUGUCCAAGGUCUUCCAGGGAAUCCUCAUGAUGGAUCCAACCAAAAUCACAAACCUGCCAGAUUUCCUGCGCCUGUUCUACCACGAGAGUUGCCGCGUGUUCCAGGACCGUCUGGUCAACAACCAGGAUCGCCAGUGGUUCGAGGAUCUGCUCAUAGAGAAGAUGGAGACGGACUUCAACAUGCAGUUCACAGACGUCGUGUCUCAGAAACCGGUCCUUUAUGGAGACUUCAUGCAGGCUGCCGCUGUCGACAACCGGCCAUACCUAGAAAUACCAGAUCACGAAAAGCUGGUGCGAGUGCUUGAGGAGUACCUGGAGGACUACAAUCAGAUCAACACGGCCCAGAUGAAGCUGGUUCUCUUCAUGGAUGCCGUGCAGUACAUCUGUCAGAUAUCUCGCAUUAUCCGCCAACCGCUUGGAAAUGCUCUGCUGCUCGGUAUGGGCGGCAGUGGACGGCAGAGUCUGACGCGACUCUCUGCUCACAUGGCCGAGUUUGACUGCUUUCAGAUUGAGUUGUCAAAGAACUAUGGAUUUGCCGAGUGGCGAGAAGAUUUGAAGAAUGUGAUGAUGAAAGCUGGUUUGGAUAACAAGCCCAUGGUGUUCCUCUUCAGUGACACCCAGAUAAAGAGUGAAUCGUUCCUUGAGGACAUCAACAACAUCUUGAAUGCGGGCGAUGUGCCCAACAUCUACGGGUUUGACGAGUUGGAUCAGAUCUAUACAGCAAUGAAGCCAAUCUGUCUGGACGUGGGGCUCACACCAACCAAGACAAACCUCUUCUCCCAGUACACCAAGAGAGUGCGCAGUAACCUCCAUACAGUGAUAACCAUGAGUCCUCUGGGCGAAGUGUUCCGUUCUCGUCUUCGUCAGUUCCCAGCCCUGGUAAACUGCUGCACUAUAGAGUGGUUCAGUGAGUGGCCGGAGGAUGCCCUCAAGUCAGUGGCGCUCCGAUUCCUCGGAGAUAUUCCAGAUCUUGACAGUUCCGAUGAAGUUCUUAAUGGCCUGGUAUCCGUAUGUCAGGAAAUCCACCAGUCUGUAGCCCAGAAUUCAAAGCGUUUCCUCGCUGAGUUGUCUCGCUACAACUACGUGACACCAACAAGUUACCUCGAGCUACUGGGAAUCUUCUCCAAGUUGGUUGGGAUGAAGAAAAUGGAACUGAACACAUCACGGAAACGACUCAAGACUGGUCUAGACAAGCUGCUGACCACAGCUGAUGAGGUUGCUAAGCUGCAGGAAGAGCUGGCGACGAUGCGCCCGCUAUUGGAGGAAGCUGUCAAGGAGUCCAUACAAACCAUGGAGAAGAUCUCUGUAGACACUGCUGUGGCAGAAGAGACAAAAGCUAUAGUGCAGAAGGAAGAGGCUCAAGCCUCGGUGAAGGCAAAGGAGACUCAGGCAAUCGCUGAUGAUGCACAGCGUGACCUCAAUGAAGCCCUCCCUGCUCUGGAUGCUGCCCUCGCCAGUUUGAAGUCUCUCAACAAGACUGACGUGGUGGAGGUGCGUGCGCUGCAACGACCCCCUGAUGGCGUGCGCAUGGUCAUUGAGGCGGUCAGCAUCAUGAAGUCUGUGAAGCCAAAACGAAUCCCUGGAGACAAGCCGGGCGUCAAGGUGGAUGACUACUGGGAGCCAGGCAAGGCUCUGCUGCAGGACCCGGGCAAGUUCCUCGAGAGUCUCUUCAAGUAUGACAAGGACAACAUCCCCGACGAGGCCAUCAAGCGCAUCCAGCCGUACAUCGACGACGACGCCUUCCAGCCGGCCAACAUCGCCAAGGUGUCCAAAGCCUGUACAUCCAUCUGCCAAUGGGUGCGCGCCAUGCACAAGUACCAUUUCGUAGCCAAGGGUGUGGCACCCAAGCGGGAGAAGCUGCGCGUCGCCCAGGAGGAACUGGCAGAGACGCAGCGCAUCCUGGAUGAGGCAAAGGCAAGGCUGCAGGAGGUGGAGGAUGGCAUCGCGACUCUGCAGGCCAAGUACGACGACUGCGUGCGCAAGAAGGAAGAUCUCGAGUUCAAGUGUGCCGAGUGCGAGGGCAGACUCACCAGGGCUGACAAGUUGAUUGGUGGUCUGGCUGACGAGAAGGAGAGAUGGAAGGAAUCGGUCGAGCGGCUCGAGAACAUCAUUGACAACAUUGUGGGCGACGUUCUCAUUUCAUCAGGAUUCAUCGCCUACCUCGGACCAUUUUCAGGUGAAUAUCGUGCUGAUAUGCAAGCGGAGUGGAUUGUGGAGCUGGAUAAGUUCAAGGUGCCGCGGACAGAGGACCCAACACUCGUCUCCACGAUGAGCGACCCGGUCAAAGUGCGCAACUGGCAGAUCGCCGGUCUGCCUAAAGACAGUCUGUCGGUGGAGAACGGGGUCAUCGUCCAGUUCUCCAGCCGCUGGCCACUCUUCAUCGACCCACAGGGCCAGGCCAACAAGUGGGUGAAAAACAUGGAACGUGACAAUUCUAUCGAUGUGAUCAAACUGUCUGACAGAGAUUUCCUCCGAAGUCUAGAAAAUGCUGUGCGAUUUGGCAAACCAUGUCUUCUGGAGAACAUUGACACUGAGCUUGACCCUGCCUUGGAGCCCAUCCUCCUGAGACAGACGUUCAAACAACAAGGUAGCACAGUUAUCAAGCUGGGAGAUGCUGUUAUUCCAUACCACGACGACUUCAAGUUCUACAUCACAACCAAACUUCCAAACCCACACUACACGCCAGAGGUGUCGACAAAAGUGACACUCGUCAACUUCACGCUCUCUCCUAGGUCAGUACAUGGUGGAUAUUGUUGUAGCAGAUCAGCGAAGGUGGCCGUGGCUGAACAGACAGAGAAGGACAUCGACCAGACGAGGAGUCAGUACAUCCCGGUGGCCGUCAACACUCAGAUUCUCUUCUUCUGCGUGGCUGACAUGGCCAAUAUCGACCCCAUGUACCAGUACUCACUCGAAUGGUUCAUCAACAUCUUCCUCGGGGGCAUCGCCAAUGCAGAGCGAGCCGACAACAUUCCACAGCGUAUAGAGAACAUAAACAAGUACUUCACGUUCAGCCUGUACAGCAAUGUGUGCCGCAGUCUGUUUGAGAAACACAAGCUGCUGUUCGCCUUCCUCGUCUGUGUGAGAAUCAAGAUGCACAACGGACUCAUCAACAUGGAGGAGUGGAGGUACCUAAUAGCAGGUGGAACGUCCAAACCAGAAGAAAUGUCAAACCCUGCCCAUGAGUGGAUGUCGGAUCGCUCCUGGAAUGAUAUCCUUACUCUCCCUUCUUUGCCAAAGUUUGCUGACUUUGCCCAUGAUUUCCAACACAAUCUUGAAGGCUUCAAGAUGAUAUUUGACAGUCCAGAACCUCAUCGGGAGGAACUGCCAGGGCAAUGGAAGGAGAAUUUGGACAAAUUCCAGGGGAUGAUUGUUCUCAAGUGUCUGCGUCCAGACAAAGUGUCACACUGCAUGCAGGACUUCGUGGCUGACAACCUCGGACAGCGUUUCAUUGAGCCCCAGACGACCGACCUGCACCUCGUGUACAAGGACUCAUCCCCCACCACACCCCUGGUGUUCGUCCUGUCACAGGGAACAGACCCAGCCGCAGAUCUAUACAAGUUCGCUGAGGAAAUGAGAUUUGCGAAGAAGCUGUCGGCCAUAUCACUUGGACAGGGACAGGGGCCGCGUGCGGAAGCAAUGAUGCGGAGUGCGAUGGAGCGUGGGAAGUGGGUCUUCUUCCAGAACUGUCACCUCGCCCCCAGCUUUAUGCCGGCCCUCGAACGCCUCAUUGAACAGAUCGACCCAGACAAGGUUCACCGUGAUUUCCGUCUUUGGCUGACCAGCAUGCCGAGCGAUAAGUUCCCCGUAUACAUCCUCCAGAAUGGAUCGAAGAUGACCGUGGAACCCCCGAGAGGAAUCAAGGCCAACCUCCUCAAGUCGUACUCUGGCUUCAACGAUGAGUUCCUUAAUGCCUGCGGAGACAAGAAAGAAAAGAAUGCGGUAUUCAAACACCUGCUGUUGUCUCUCUGCUUCUUCCACGGUGUCAGCAUCGAGAGGAGGAAGUUCGGACCUCUUGGGUUCAACAUCCCGUAUGAGUUCACUGAUGGCGAUCUGCGCAUUUGUGUCAGUCAGCUCAAGAUGUUCCUCAAUGAGUACACGGACAUCCCAUUCAAAGUUUUGAGGUACACGGCCGGUCACAUCAACUACGGUGGCCGCGUCACGGAUGACUGGGAUCGCCGCACUCUGAUGAACAUCCUCAAUGACUUCUACUCACCAGACGUCCUCGAUGAAGAGCACAUGUACUCGGAGUCGGGCAUCUACCGGCAGAUCAGCCCACACCUCGACCAUAAUGGCUAUACUGCCUACAUUAAGAGCUUGCCAAUCAACGACACUCCAGAGAUCUUUGGUCUUCAUGAAAACGCCAACAUCACGUUUGCUCAGAAUGAGACUACGAUGAUGUUGUCUGGUCUGCUCGAACUACAGCCCAAGACAGCCACAGGUGGCGGCAAGUCGCGAGAAGAGAUAACGGAAGAGACCUCGCAACACAUCCUGGAGCAGGUUCCUCUCCCGCUCGAUAUGGGGCCCAUUGUGGAGAAAUACCCAGUCCUGUACGAACAGUCGAUGAAUACAGUACUCGUGCAGGAGGUUAUACGAUACAACCGAUUACUUGGCAUUAUUCACCAGAGUAUAAAAGAUCUGUUGAAAGCAUUGAAGGGUUUGGUUGUCAUGUCCAUGGAGUUGGAGAAAAUGUCAAACAGCCUCUUCAAUAACAUCGUCCCAGAGAUGUGGGCCAAACAGGCGUAUCCAUCUCUGAAACCACUGGCAUCGUGGGUAGCAGAUCUUGUGUCAAGAAUGGCCUUCAUUAAUGACUGGAUAACACAUGGAAUCCCUCCUGUGUUUUGGAUCUCGGGAUUCUUCUUCCCCCAGGCCUUCUUGACGGGUACUCUGCAGAACUAUGCUAGGAAGAUGGUUAUCUCUAUCGACACCAUCACAUUCGCGUUCAAGGUGCUGCGUGAGAGUUACUCGGAGUUGACGGAGGCGCCUCAGGAUGGGUGCUACAUCCGCGGCCUGUUCCUGGAGGGUGCGCGCUGGGACGGCGUGGAGCAGGUGCUGGCCGAGUCGAAGCCCAAGGAGCUGUACACCGAGGUCCCCGUCUUCUGGCUCAUCCCAGAGUCGAACCGCAAACCCUUGGAGACUGGCAUAUAUGAGUGUCCUGUCUACAAGACACUCACACGAGCAGAUGGUGCGACGAUCGACAGGGUCCCAGAAAUCUGGUUUGUCUCUGACUGGCUUCAGGUUAUAAGCGACCAACUGAGUGACUUGAAAUACGUAUCACUGUUCUCUGUGGCUGGAACCACCCGCUGUAUGAUCGUGUCCGACUUGUCCUAG